AUGGCCGAUCCUCAGGUUCAAGAAGUCACGUCGAAUGAAGAUUUUAACAAGCCUGGACUAGACCCUGAAGUUCCUGAUGAAGAGGAGAGCGAGAAUAUCGGGUCGACAGUCAAAUCCGAUGAUCAAGAUGAAAAUAAAGUAAUUUUACAGUCUUUUUUUAUAGCUUUGCCAUCUUUGUUAUCAAUUGCAACAUGUUUUACUUCUAGGCGAAAGACGAUAGUCCUAAACCGGCUGAAACCAAUGGUGCAGGUGGAACCGAGCCCAAGGAGAAUGCUGAGAGUGUAAAAGCUGAAGAGAACGAGGAAACCCCUGCACCACAGCCCUAUGAUGGACCUCCGCGAAAAGGGGUAAGAUGUUUGAUAUUUUUGUUUGGUUUUUAGGUGUCUACUGGUUACUUCUUGUCUUGAAGUACUUAUGCAGGUUGUGUUGAAGUACGAGUCUUGCUUUUGACCUUACGUUGCGGUUUUCUGAGAUAAAUUUAUGUUGAAGUAUGUGCAAAACUUAAUUGUCGGGUUUUUAUCAAACGGAGAGUCGUUUCGGAUGGAAGUUUUGGCUAAUUAGCUGUGAAAUGAGCUUAGAUUUAGUAUGGAUCAGAAAGUUUCCUUCUGUAAACAAGAGGUUAUUUGAAGUUUCAAUUUUUCUUUCUUUCAGAACAAAAGAAGACGUAAAACAAAAGCAGCUCGAGCUCUGAUGGGAGUGGGCAAGAUGUUAGAGCAGUAUCGUCAAUUGAAAACAGAGCAUGGCGAUCUGGACGUGGACGAAGACGAAACCGGACGAUUUCAAAUCGGUGGCAGCGAAUUGUCGUUCGAAAGUUGGAGUCAGAUCAACAAAACUCAAGAUGAAGGAAUUGUUAGGGCUGAUUUUGUGCCGCCAAGUCAAAAAUGGAAGAAGAGAUCGGUCAGUCCGAUCGAAUGGAAGCAUCUGGGCAAGGUUAAUCCUUCAACUUCGAAUGGGCAUAACAAAAAGAAAGGAAAGGGAGGAGAUGAUGUAAGUGUAAUAUCCAAAAAUUUUCAAGGAAAGUGCUUCGAUGGGGUAUGGGUUACAGGUCGAGACAUAUAUAAAAAAAAUGCAAAUUUUUCUGAUUCAGAAUAUGUAAAAAUUAGCUUCCCAAUUUUGGUUUGUAAGGGCGAAAAAAUCCUCAGAACUUUUCUCUCAACACCACGCAAAUGACCCCUUUUUUGACCAAGUUUUUACCAAUUCAAAAGCUUUGUUUGGAGCUGAAGUAAAUCCUGGUAUCUUGACAAAACUUAAAAUAUCAAAUUUGAUUAAUACUACACCUUAAUUAGUAGGUCCAAUAUAAAAAGUGACGUGAUAUUUUAAGGCUUGUCAGGAUGCCAGGGUUUACUGUAGCUCAAAACAAGGCUUUUGAAUUUGUGAAAACUUGAUCAAAAAGGCAUUUGCUUGGUGUUGCGAGAAAAGUUAGGAGGAUUUUUUCGCCCUUACAAACCAAAAUUGGGCAGUUGCUGUGGGGGCCUGAUCCAAUGGCAAAAAACGUACCAUGUUGCAUCCAGGGAGCAUCAAAAAAUGUGGCAAAAUGCCUCCCUCUCCAAGUGAAAAAACUCUGAUUUCAAAAGCGCGCCUGCUCUUUUUGCCAGGCAAAUGGCGCGCCCUUAAAAACGGAGUUUUUUCACUUGGAGAGGGAAGCAUUUUGCCACAUUUUUGAAACUUCCCGGAUGCAAAAUGGUACGUUUUUGCCACUGGAUCAGGUCUUCCACUGUAAUUUUUACAUAUUCUGAAUUCGAAAAGUUUUGAUAUUUUUUUGAUAUUCAUUGAGGGUCCUGAUCCAGCGGAAAGAAACGUUUCAUUUAGCAUCCAGGAAGCAUCAAAAAAUGUUCAAAAUAUCUCCCUCUCCAAGUGAAAAAACUCUGUUUUGAACUGCGCGCUUUUGAAGUCGGAGUUUUUUUCAUUUGGAGAGAGGUAUUUUGCUGCAUUUUUGAUACUUCCCGGAUGCAAAAUGGUACGUUUUUGACCAAUGGAUCAAAUCCAUCACUGUAUCUCUCGAUCUGUAACUCCAUACCCCAUAGAAGUACUCUCCUUGCAAAAUAUAAUAUAAAUAUCGUUUCUUUUUGUUAUUUUUCCCCUUUCAGAAGGACGAAGGUGAAAUUUCCGACUCUGACGACCAAUCCGACGACACCAUUUCCUCGGACUCCGACGACGAUGCUCCCCGACAUCACAAAAAACGCCGACGUCCCGCACCGAAGCCAGAACCCACCCCACAGGGCGCAAUGCCGCUCUCCAAACUCUUCACCACCGCCUACAAAUUCCGCGAAGUCGUGGUGCAGAACUUCACAAUCAAGGAGAAGAUGGCAUUCCUAGAAGCGAUAAGACAAAUUUGA